CUUGAAACGAACGGUUAGAAAACAUGGAAAAUCGGAAGAAAAGUGAAGAAUUUCAUUAAGAGACAUACAUACAUAUAUAAUCAUUUGUAUAUGUGUGCCUCUACUCUCCUACUUUUAAUGGUUGGUGUGAAAUCGUCAUAGUGGUGGAGGAAGCUGCCAACAAACACACACACACACAUGCGUACUUACAUACCUAAUCGUAUAGAAUAAUAUUUAUUGUGUGUGUACGAAGGUGUUGUGCGAAACUUCGCGGAAAAAUUCAUUUGUGAAAGUGUGGGUGUACAUAUGCACAGAUAUUAUAUUGCGAAAAUGCUAAUGAGCCUGCGUCAGCUGAAUACGCCAGAUCAAGCAUCCUCGUGACUAAACGAUGAAAUGUAUUGUGAAAAAAAUAAAGUUACUAAAAUAAAAGCAUAAAAACAAUCAGUGCUAUAAUUUCAUUUUCUUGUUAAAGCAAGAAAAAAAUUAACAAAAAAAUAUAAAUUGACUACCCGCCUGCGAGUUUGAGAACAACAGCAACCAACAACCGAAGCGAACAACUAUCUACAAAAAAAAAACACAAAAGCAAGAAAAAAAAAGAAAGAAAGAAAAAAAACAGCCAGGACAUAAUCAGAAUUCAGCUAAGCCAUGAAAAUCGGGCACAAAAGCCCCUAAAUACAGAAAAUAAAUGCCUACAAAUAUAUUUAUAUCCUUCUUUUGAAUCUAAAAGCAUAUAAAGUGCUUAGCAGGAAUAUAAUAAUAAUUUAAAAACGGAAAAUAAUUUCAGUGAAAAAAAAAUUAUGUGUUAUAGAAAAUAAGAAAAAAAAAACCAUAGAAGAAAAACAAGAGCCCCAGAAUUAUCUGUCAGCGCAAAAUUUCCAUAAAAAAUUCAAUUUUUGAACGCAUUAAAACGUGUUCUCCUUGCCAAGGGCAAGUGCAUUUAUUAAGAGACAGCCAGAAAGAAACAAAAAAAAAAAAAAAACGUAGAUAAAAAAGGAAGUAAAAAAAAACAAGGUAAUUACAUACCCCCAAAUGUGCUUGUGUGAGCUAAAGGAGAAGCCGUACAUACGACGUGGACACUCCCAACCAUUAUAACCGUAAAAUUAUACGCUACAACAAAAAAGAAAUCACUUUUUAAAUGUUAUGCGUUUGUGUUGUGUGUUUAUCUUCGGGUAUAAAUUGUAAAGAAUCCUGUUGUUCAUAAACCUCAACGCCACUUUAUUAUCCAACUGGCAGUGCACAGUCACAGCCACAGCCAGUCAGCAGUACACAUGUCUGUAUAUAUGUGCGCACAUAAAAAUACUUGCGUCAGUAAGACAACAUUCAUGCUGAAUCUGUGUUUGUGAGAGUGUAGCAGUGCGAAGCAGCUAAGAGGGCAGACUAACUCCUCUAUGCUGAUAAUUUAUAGACAUUUAGUUCGUUGAUUGCUUUUUGGGGAGUUUUCAUCAUACUUCUUUUACCGCAUCUGAAGUGGAGGCAAAUAGAGCAAGAAAACCAAGAGAAGCAAAGAAGGGACAAAACGAGACCACAUUGUUUUUAAGCAAGAUAUUUGGUGGUAAAAUAAGCUACAUACAAGCUGCGAAAAUUUGACUACAAAACAAUCCGCUUUAUUGAGAUCUGCCGCAAGCAUUAAGUUGUUAAGCGCUAUGAGUAUGGCAAAAUAAUAAUAUGAGAAAAAUACAAAAUGUUGCAGAAUUAUUACAAAUAUUAUCAUAGCAAAUAGAAAAGGGAUAUACUCAUAUACCAGCAAAUAUGGGGCGAACAAAUAAGUGAAUGGUAUUCGAGUUAAAUGAAGAGAAAAAGCCAAAAAAACGAACGCCAUAACAGAAACUUCAGUGGGCUGUAGGAAUUAUACGAGUGCAAAAAAUAAACGGCAGCACCAUCUGUUGAAUGACAUUGUAAUCGAUUGGAAUUUCAGUCAGCUAGCCAACAGCAAAAAAAAUUUUAUUCAUAUGCAUACAUAUGUAUAAAUAUACAUACAUACAUAUGUAUAAGUGAAUGCUCAUGCAUGUUAUUCAUAUACCGAGCAAAUAGCAAUUUGGAAUUCUUUCUCGACAAUAAUAAAGGAUAUUAAAAGUGAGCUGAAAAUAUUCAACACUAACAGUUAAUAUAAAAUAAAUAGCAGAAAACAUUAAAAUAAAAUUACCUAAUAAACGCUGCUGCUGGACAGUACGGAUACGCUGUGGCCACGCUGUUCACAUUCCCGAAUAAUUACCCACACCAACCACCACAGCACACAAUAUGGCUGUACCCAUCGAUGAGGGCGUACUAAGCGCUCUACGGGGAAUAACAAGCAAAAACACACGCCUUCCUAAGCCGCUGCUCAUUAAAGUUUAUGUAUCCAGCUUGAAGGAGGAAUUUUGCCAGGAGCGUCGCAUGCUUUUGGAACUAGUUGGGCCAGAGUUACAGUCAAUUUACGAUGAUCGGCAAAUUGAGAUUGAAAUUGUCGACAUGCAUUUCGGCACCGGUCCUUUGCAUAUUAUGCAAGUUGAACAGGAUCCAUAUAUUCUACAUGAUUAUCUCCAUGAAAUUGAGACUUGCUAUAAUAACUCGAAAAGUGUAUUUUUUCUGGCGCUUAUCGGCGACAGCAUAGGUCCCAUGCCAUUACCAACGCACAUCGAUGAGGAUAUUUUCACUGGCAUAUUGGAGCAGGCACAAACAAGUGACGAGGAGCGAAACUUGCUACAAAAAUGGUACACAAAGGCAGCAACAGGCACGAAAAUUGUCAAGAGCACCAGUAGCAGCGAUGGUGGCAUAGCAGCCAGCUCACACAGCCAGUAUGUGCUCAAGCAGGACUAUCGCUCUCUGCUACUUGAGAAAUGGCACCCGGAGUAUUUGCAGCUGCGUGAUACCAUCGAGCGCGGUCUGCGAAGCAUUAAACAAAACACAAAUGCCACAAAGGCACAGCCGGAAGACUUUCUAAGGCGUGCACAGAAACUGAGAGAAACACAGCUCGAACAGGAAGUGCAAAGGGCGUUGGAACUUUCGAAUGACAAAAUAUUGGCUGUGUUUCGUGAAUGGUCUUCACAAUUGAGGAACACGAAUGCAGAGGCAGGUGAACGACUACGCAAAAUGAAGGAUCAGCUAACUAUGAAUCUAUCCUCCGACAAUUAUACAACAUUAGUUGUCGCUGGCAAAUCGAAUGAGCGCACAAUCGAUCCCGACAAUGAGAACCAUGAAACGUAUUUGAGCAAAUUUAAAAACAAAGUAUUCGAUAAAUUACGUUUCCUAAUCGAGGAGCAUAUAACCAACGAUCCGGAUGUCAUCAAGGGGAGAAGAAAGACUGUGCAGGAAAUUUUCCACGAACAUGCCACACAUUUACGCAUACUUCGCGAACACCACGAGGUCGCUGCACUUGCCUCGAGUCAUGUACAGGGACGUUUGCGCCAAAAUUUGCUAGCCAACUUUCGCAACGGCAGUCGUCAUGCUCCCUACUUCAUUUAUGGCCCGCAUGGCAGCGGUAAAAGUGCGCUCUUGGUGGACUUGUAUCAGCAGUGCAAGGAUUGGUUCAAUUCAACGCGCGUCUAUCGUGUCAUGCGCUUUGCUGCCGCUUCGCCACGUUCCGCCUACAAUCUCGAGCUGCUACGCGUCAUUUGCCAGCAAAUCUCUAUAAUUUACGAUAUACCCGAAGGUUAUUUACCCAAAGAUGCUUCGUUCGAUCCGGUUUAUAUUAACAGUUGGUUCCAGAAUUUGCUGCGUCGCAUCGAAGAUAUGAACAAUGACAUAUUUUUCAUAUUCAUUGAUGAUCUGCAAUUGCUAAAUCCGCUGGAUUGUGAUGUAGUGGCAGCACUCUCUUGGUUGCCCACCUCUUUGCCAUGGAAUGUGCAACUCAUCUGCUCCACAACAACGCCUAUUGAUCAAUUACGCUUCACACCCAUGCAACGCGAUCGUUUCAAGUCGGCGGAGUUCCUUUUCGACUUAUCGGUCGAGGAGAAUCUCACGGAGUUGCAUAAGCCAUUGGCGAUAGCUGCUGGUUUAACGGGCAUAUCGUUUACGGAUUUCGUAGCGCAUGAAUUCGAUCGGCUUGAGGCGCGUUAUGGCAAGAAAUGUGUAGCGCGCUUAGCUGGCUACAUCACUUGCGCAGAGUUUGGUUUGUCGGAAACGGAGCUGCUGGAAUUGCUAAUGCCCACCGAUGACCCUGAGGCAUUCGUUGAUACGGAGAGAGGAAAUUUCAAUUUCUCCACAUUUAAACAGAUACACAAUGAUAUGCAAUUCGUACUGCGUGAUAAAAUCAUGUCUGGCAAAGUGCUGCUACAGUGGCGCCAUAGUUACUGCGCUGAACUCUCGAAGAAACGCUACAUGGAUGCGCAGAGCACACGUGCCAUGCACAUAGCCAUCGCCAAUAUAUUUUUCCAGCAAGAAAAUGAAGAGAACGACGCAAGCACUAGUGAGAAUGCAUCAGGAGAAAGCGAUAAGCACUCAGUAAUAAGUCAAAGGGAGAAGGAAAGCAUUUCUGUAUCCGAACGUAAAGCCUCAUCACAUCACAACGAUGACACAUCCACCUUUUACAAUCCCAUCGCCGCCGAUGUCUCAUACAGCAUGCGACAUGUGGAAGAGAGUUGGCACCAUUUGAUGCGUUCUGAUGAUAUUGCGAAAUUCAAGCAAAUUGCGGUGUGCAAUUUUGAUUUUCUUCUGGCGGCGGUACAAACGGUCUCUAUCAGCUAUUUACGUUGCCUCAUCGAGCAUGUUCGCUGUUAUUUGCUAGAUCGUGAUAUCGAACUCAUCUACUAUACAAUACGCAAGUCGAGUGAUGUACUCACACGUGAUCCCAUGCAGCUUGGCUCACAGCUCAUCUCGUGGCUACGGCCAAUCAGCGAACACGACGAGAACGACAACUCACUGCUGAGUAUUACAGUGCGUUCAGCGACCGCCUGGUGUGAUGGCUAUACAGUGCCAUUGCUAGUGCCCCUUACCGGUUGGCUGCCAGCGACGCUGCCCUCGCAGAUACGCGUAAUGACGGUGACCGGUACUGGACAAGUGCGCGAUGUUUGUGUCUCACCAACGAAGCAGCAUCUCAUUUUGGCAACCAAAUCGGGUGAUGUGCAAUUGUGGCACAUAAUGAGCAACUCGUUGGAGCACAUAUUCAAAGGUCAUACCGCCGCAGUCACGUGUCUGUUGGUCGCACCACAAUCCGAUAUCCUGUUGACUGGCUCGGAGGAUAACACAGUGUUGAUAUGGAACGUGACAACGCGUGUGCUGAAGACGCACAUCAAGUCACAUACGAGCAUUGUGACGAGUGUCGCUGCUGGUGUCAAUAAUACUUUGGCCAUUAGUGGCAGUGAGGAUUCGACGAUUGCCAUUUCAGAUAUACACAGUGGACAAUUGCUACACAAAAUCACUCAUCAUCGUGCUGCGGUGACAAGCGUUAAAGUCAGCAACGCCUGCGAUGUACUCAUUUCAUCAAGUCGCGAUAAAACAAUUUGCUUGUGGUCCUUGGAUGAUUAUACGCUGUUGAACAGCAUGCAAAUGUGCAGUCCGGUGCGUCGAAUUGACAUAUCGUGUGACUCGGUGUUUCUUCUGGCGCACUGUGAAGAUAAUGUCCUUUAUUUGCGCACACUGGCUACAGGAAAGGAGCUGCAUGCCCUCAAAGGUCACAAAUCACAGCUGCAUGCCAUGACCAUCGCUAAAGAUAGCCAACGCGCCGUUGUAGGCGGUGAAGAUACACGCGCACUGAUUUAUGAUAUGCACUCCGGGCGUCUAAUACGAUCAAUGCCACCUAAUCCCGGCUCGAUCACAGCACUUCAUAUGAUGGAUAAUGAUGACUUCCUAAUCACGGUUGGUGGCAAUAAAAUCACCUUCUAUUCCUUCCGCAAUGAAGAACUCUACGUACAUCCAUACUCACAUAACCAGCGUAGAAAGCGUUCACUAAAACGAGCUCAGCAAUCACAACGCUCACCUUCGACAACAUUACCACCGAUAACAUGUUUUGAUAUUUCUCGCGAUUCACAAUUGGCUGCUAUCGCUUCGAGUCGUAGUGUGCACAUUGUGAAGAUCAAUACGCCAGAGUACCAAACAACUUUGGACGGGCAUGCUGCACCGGUGACAUGUGUGAAUUUCGCGCCGAACGGUGAGUAUUUAACAACUGGAUCGGAUGAUCGCACGGUGAAUGUGUGGAGUUUGGCCUUGGGUGAGGUGACCAACACUUUUAAGGGUCACAAUGCGUCUGUUAGCUGCGUCAUAGUGCUUAUGGAUUCACGUCGUGUGAUCUCAACCGAUCGUGAUUCGAUGAUGCAUGUGUGGCUGGCUGAGGGUGGCAACUUAUUGCAAACCAUACAAGGGCCAUAUAAAUUUCUGGGCGCAACAAAUAACAUGAAAUUUGCUAUCUCCACAAACGGUGACAACACUUUGAAAAUCUGGUCGCUCACGCGUGAGGAUGAAAAAUACACUGUAACACAUUCGGACGAGAUAACCUGCUUUACUAUUACCGCCGAUAGUUUGUAUGUAAUAACUGGUUCGCGUGAUAUGUCGCUAAAAGUGUGGCAGGCGACUGGUGGCAAGCUGGCCCAAGUGCUGGUUGGACACACUGAUGCCGUUAAUUGUGUCGCAGUUUCGGUGACCAACAAAACGCAAGUAAUAUCCGGUUCGAAGGAUACCAAUCUUAUUAUUUGGGAUCUACAUACCGGUGAGGAGCUGCACACUUUGGCGGGUCAUUUGGCACCAGUUUUGGGUGUCAAAGUCUCGGCGGACGGCUCAACUGCGAUUUCGGGUAGUGAUGAUAAGACACUGAUUGUGUGGGAAACCAAGCGUGGUUUGGCGCUCACGUCACUCCAAAUGCAUGUGCCAUUCCAACGAUUCGAUAUCAGUCUCGAAUGUUCACGUAUUUUGGUGCAGUUGUUGGAGAGUUUCAACUUGCCAGUCAUUUGUCUGCACAAUACGCCCGCACAAUAUGUUAAAUUGCCCACAUACUCGGCUCCAGCAAUGGAUGCAGAAGACUUGCGACCGCAAGGCCCAAAACGUCAAAUGAAGCGCUUGCUCAAGAAAGAAGUAUCACUGGACACAUAUACGUGGCAAAAGAAAUAUGGGCAUCUUACGUCUUCGGUGAUGAUGGCCCAAGUAGAUGAGCGCUUGAAGCGACGCUUCUCAGUAUCCGCAAGCAUGGAAGAGAUCUCGAAAAUAGCCGAAAUGAAAACAAUUACAUCGCAGACCAACUUGGGACCCGAACAAGCCGCCUUGGCGCAAUCGCAGCACUUCGAUCAGUUGGAGGCGCUAUGGAAUAAACGUUCGCCGCCGAGGAGGAGACACAAUGCGGGUCUCUCACGACAAACAUCGCUCGUCGAGGAUCGUCUUGAGUCAUCCGACGAUGACGAGUAUCACGACGAACGCACAGGUAUGUUGUCCCUAUCGUGCGACCAAAUACACUUAUUAGCACAAUUUCCGAGCAUGCCUCGAAUGCGUCCACUUUCUCUGCAAGAGCACAUUUCGAUCAUAUGUAGUUUGAAGGUACCUAUCGAUCAUUUAGCACAAAACCUACACCAACACCAACAUCACCAUGUCCACCAUCAUCAUCACUAUCACACCUCACACCACACCACUGUCACCACAUCGGCCAGUUGCAAGAAUUUCGAUACGAACAGUAGCAGCAGUGCUAGUGGCUACAAUGUCACACACAACAGCAACGAGAGCAACAGAAACAGGGACUCUACCGAUAAAACUCAUUCCCAACAGCACAAGUUGCACGCGCAGACCUGCGCCUGUUCGUUGAUCCAUCACCAUCAGCAGCAGCAAAAUCAACAGCUACAGCCAGAGCAGCAACGCCGUCGUUGCAAUAGCAAUGCCAGCUCUUUGUCGCAACAGCCUGACUUGGUGCGCGAUAUACAAUACGGCAACGUGAACUCAGCGCCUGGUUCACCCUGUGACAGCUACUACACGGACAGCGCGGACGAUGCAACUGAUUAUAUUAGCCGUGCGCGUCGUUUAUUCCGCUGGCAUAGCCUAAAAUCGCAACGCGUAGCACACACACACAAGUGUCACGCACCACUGGCGCAUAUUUGUUUGAAUGUGACUACAAAUACUCCAACAAAUAGCCCCACUCAAGGUGCAGCCAAUCAUUGUCACCCUCGCAGCGGGCGUCCACCUAUGCAUCCGACAGCCACACCGAUUAUCAUUGUAGAGAACUAUGAUCAUCGCAAUGUGCGUCAAGUACGCACCAAUAAAGUGUUACAUCCGCAUACGGGGCGCGCCGCCUGGGGUCAGACAGCCGAUGAGACUGUCACCGAAUUACGUUGCGCCAAAAAGUAUCACUGCGUAGCUCAAGCCGCACUGCAGUCCGAACAAGCUGCUUGCGGCAUGCGGCUUUCAGAUCAACGGUCAUCUGCUGUCAUUGCCUCAGCUACGCAUUCUCGCAUGUCCGAGUAUUUGCGGCGCAGCUUACAUAUAUCUCGGAUUUUCAGACGUACACAAUCGCACAACGAGGAGUCAUCACAGGGCGCGACUGCACUUGGAAAGAAGGACAAGCGUUUCUACCACGAUAUAGCUGCCGAUACGCGCGACGAAAGUGCAAGUAAUGCACUCUGUGCCACAGCACACAAGAUGCAUAACAAGCUGAAGCAGAAAAAAAUUAAAAAGGAGGAAGAGAAGCGUAAUAGGUCAGUAGAUGGCGAAGAAGGUCACUCUAGUACCGCAUGUAUAACGCAGUAGUAAGAAGCAAUCGCUAUUGUUGAUAGAGACGGUAUUGGUGCUAAUGAAAUGGCGCACUUGAUGAGACCCGAUGUGCUGUCUUUAUUCAACCUCGCAAAGCCAAGUCCAUAUAACUCCGUGCAGUCCAACGCUAACGCAAGUAAAAUCAAUAUAGAACAUUCUGUUCUACACUCGAAUGGAUUUGAAGGAAUGAAGUCAUAUUUUCAAAACGUGGAUGCAUAAUUUUUUGGCUGCACUUUGAACUGUUGAAAUGAAAAAAAAAUAUUUUAAGCACAAGCAAAUUGCCUUCUUAAGGGGGCAGAUACCUGUAAACGGCCAUAUUUUCCCUGAUUUUUAUUAAAAUUAUUUAAAAUGAAGAAGUCAAUAUUUUUUUUCAAAAUUGGCAUCUAGUUUAUUUAUACAUUAAAAUAAUAUACAAUAACAUUUUUUUUGUUAUUUUAAUCAUUUAAAAUGGCGGAUGUACACUCAAUCUUCCAGGAAAGUCGCAGCGGGGCUUCUCAACCGGCGAGUAUUUUAGCAUCUCGGCGUCAGUGACCUGAAUACAAAAAGCCAAAAAUUUUUUUGUUUAUUAAUGUCAUAAUUUCUAAUAUAUAUGAAUUUAAAAACAAUGGAAGAAAAAAUACGCGGAAUGAAAUACUAAAAAAAAUGAAUUUUAGGGCGAAUUUUCCUAUUAUUUUUGCUUCGAAAAAAUUAUUUUUUCGAAAAAUUUCGAAUUGUAAAUUCCCAUAGAAAGUAAUAUCAUAAGAAAGAUGUGUGCAAAAUUUCAGAGAGAUCAGUCAAUAACUUUUCGAGUUAUCGUGUACGCCAAUACGAAAAAUAUAUCAUAGUUUUAAGAAAAAUGCGUCUAGAGUUUGAAUACAACGUAACUAUACCUCUCCCAGCGCUCGAACGCAAAGAAUAGGGUCGUCAUGGUUGACGAUCUAUAAUAUAAGAAAUACUUAAAGUUACGUUCUACGAAUUUUUUGACAUAUUUUUAAAGGAUUAUAUUAAUAUUUUAUGAAAAAACAAAAAUUAUUCUCGAAAUUUUACAGGUAUCGUCCCCUUAAUAAACUGUAUGACGAAUUGCAAUUUGUAACUUAAUCGUAUUAAACAAUCAUAAAUUUCACAAUCUAAUGAAAAGCAGCUCAUAGUAGCACAACCAGUGCAUUUUUAUUCGUACCUGUGAAAACAAAAUGAAAAUAUUUAUAUAAAAGAUCUACUUUUAUAUACGGCCAUCGGCUACUUUUUUUCAAAACGCUACAUAUAAAAACACCAUUCAAUAAUUUCCAAAAAUGUGUUUGCUUUGGCUCAACAAAUAAAUGAAUUUACAAUAAAUAACAAAGAUUUGGAAGCUUCAAAAUUAGGAAAAGGCAUUUCCAGCAAUUUCAGACAAUCAACAAAAAACAUACAUAUUCUCUCCAUGUACACUCCCCUAUUAACGGUACCUUUGUAGCUUGCCAACACUAGUUAUUUCAGUUCAGUAGAGUAGAGAUUUUUUAGCUCGAAUGUAUUUUCAAUAGUACCGUAUUUUGCAUGCAUAAUUUAUCUAGUCACUAUGGCUCUUACGUAUUUUGAAUGUUCUACAAUGUGACACACAUAUUUUCACUCACAUAUAAUUGUAAUAUAAUUAUUUUUUUAUUUAGUUUUUAGUUCUAGCAUAAAAACCAGAUGUUCAUUUUAUGUAAA